AUGGUUUCCUUGGCACCCCUUGCAGACAUUGUCUCCCCCACAUUCCUUCCCCAACGCGGUGAGAAUAGAAUUGUCCAUUCCACAGACCGAAAGGCCAAUCAGGAGAUCUCCGUCGAUACGGCGGUAGAGGUAGUAUCUUCCGAGCCUGACAGCGACGAUCCCGUGGCCACAACCGCAAACGGCAACGGAGCUAGUUUACUGGAACAAAAUGUGCUCAAAGACCCCAUCGUCCCGCCAGAUUCAGACACGUUAUCGGAAGAUCAAUCGAUGACUAUGGAGGUCUUGAAAAUCAUCGAAAGUUAUGGUGUCGAUUUCGAAAAAUCGGGCGUUUCCUGGAAGGGCUUCGAAUCAUUCGUUCCUAUUGUUCUCGCUCAAAUCGAGAAACAGGAGCCUAUUCGCAUGAUUCUGCCUGCCUUCCCUUUCAAAUCCCCAAAUGCACGCGAUAAGGUCCUGGGCAACAUGCCCGACUUUGGUGAGGAACUGGCACUUUCUCAUUUGAAUGGAUUGUGCCAGAAUAUCAUGGAUGUAUAUGAGCCCGGCGCCCAUGUAUACAUCAGUUCAGAUGGACUUGUAUACAAUGAUAUCCUUGGCGUUUCUGAUGAAACGGUUUGGGAUUACGGAGAGACGCUGCGCAAGAUGGCCAUCGAAAAAGAGCUUCACCAUGUCAAGUUUAUCCGGCUCUUUGAACUACUUGAGCAUCCUUGGUUCCCAACUUCAACUCCAGUAGAAGCAAAGGCUUUCUAUCUCGCUCACGCCAGUUGUCUCCGCCGAGAGCUGAUGUAUGCCUUUGGGGAUCCGACCUUUGAUGCCGACCUGGCCAUCAAAACCGACAACGACACAUGUCUGACAUAUCGUGGCUACAUCAAGUUCCUCACCAAAGAUCUUGCCUAUCAGAAUGAGAGCAGCUUUGUGUCCAAGCGAGCUCGACAGACGCAAAUCGCCAAGACAGCGCGACAGAUGAUCAUUCGCGGUAAACUGUUCGCAGCGGCUAUCAAAGCCAACCGCAAGGAUUAUGUGCGACUUUCUAUCCACGAGUCUGCUGGGGAGAAGAAGCUUUCUGUCUCACUAGUACCACAGAUUCGUGGGGCUCUCGGGUACACUCCUUGGCAUGCCUCUGUGGCUGUUGGGCUGGAUGGUUCGUAUCGUACCGUCCAUGCCGAGGACGUUCAGGAAACCCACGACGUGGUAUAUAAGAAUGGACAGCCAUAUUAUUUCCGUGAAAAGUCAGAACUCUUUGACUGGACUGCGAAUGGUCUAUCAGUCAAGUUCGAGCAUCUCUAUCCCUGCGGACUUGUCAUUCGCCCCGCCGAUAUCGACAACAUCCACGGACCGCCAUCUCUUCGUUCCAUACCUAUGCAGAAGGUCCGCCAGCUCUCCAACACUAUGUCUCCAAUCAUCCUUCGAGGAUUCUCCGAGACUCUGGAGGAAAAAUACUACGUUCAGAAGGCGUCGGAGCUGGGCACCAUCAUGCCAUGGAGCUUUGGUAUCAUCCAAAAGGUCCGCGACGACGGUCGUUCGGACAAAAUGGGCAACAACGUUACCUCCAACGAGGCCAUGCCAAUGCACUUUGACGGCAUGUUCAAGUUUGAGGAGAUCGCCGAUUCCGAAACAGGCAAGAAGAAAAAAGUCCAGCGCCCGCCUGGUUAUCAAUUCUUUACCUGUCCAGCGACAGCGCCCAAGGGCAAUGGGUAUACCCUAUUCGCGAGUUCACGCCUCUUCUUCCGGUAUCUUCCUCUCCCAUGGUCAGUAGAGCGCCUCGAGAAUAUCACCUGGGCCAUGGACAAUAACGGAUUCUGGGAUGCCAAGCUCAAGAAUCUGAAGUUGAUCGUGAAGCAUCCUGUGUCUGGUCUACCAUGCGUGCGCUGGCAUCAACCAUGGGACGCCACGAAGACCAAGUUCUCCACGUGCGAGGUGACAAUCGAGAAUGACGAAAAUAGUCUCGUUCAAGUUCUCGAUCGUAUCACGUAUGACUAUCGUGUAUGCCUGCGGUUCGGGUGGGAGAAGGGUGAUAUGCUGGUGAGCGAUAAUACAGCUAUGCUGCAUACCCGCACUGGGUAUAUUAGCAACUGUGAUCGGGAGUUGUGGCGUAUUCACUGCGAUUAA